AUGGCAGCCGACAGCAAGCCCGCUGCCACCGUGCCGAUGCCGCUCACGCCGACGAGGGGACGGGCACACAUCCAGGGCUGUGAGGAGCGACCGCCGCCGGCGCCAGCGGAUCGCUCGCGGUCUGGGUCGCCGCGGGGCGCGGCCGAGCCCUGGAGGCCGUCCGCUGGGCUGGAGGCGGACUGCGGCCUCCACCUGGAGCUCCUGGGCCAGCUGCUGCAGCGCCGCGGCAGCUGCGCGGGGGACGCCUGCGCGAGGCCCUGCUUCGAGCGCUGGGACGCGGACCAGGCGCUGCGGCUGGAGCUCCGGCGGGGCAACGCGGCUCUCUCGCAGGUGCUGCUGCGCAGCGGCGGCACCAGGGAGGAGCUCGGCUCGAGGUCGCUGGGCGGCGCGUGGGUGGGCGCGGCGCCCUCGCUGAGCAUCUCCCGCGAGCAGUCGUCGAAGGGAGGCAGGUCGGCCGAGAAUUCCGACGACCAGAUCGACAAGAUCCUGUCUACGGCCUGCAGCGCGGACGGGUACCUGAGCGUAGGCCACGACAGCAGCCACGCCAGCUUCAUCGGCCACAACAGCUGGGACAGGGACGAGCGCGUUAUCGACCAGCUCCGCAAGCCUUCUGCGUCGCAGCUCUGCAAGCAGAAGCCCAGAAUGUCAGAUGAUCACACGAAGGUGGGAAAGCCGCCGAGGGCGUUCUACUCGCUGCGAUGGCUGAUGAGCAAGCCGCAGUAUGAGCUGGCCUGGGCGCUGCUCAUUAUCUGCAACCUGAUCGUGAUGAUCCUGGAAGAGGAGUACAGGGGCAUGCAGCGCGGCUACGAGCUUGGGGGGAUAUACGCCAACUACGGCUCCAAGGAGUAUACUGACAAGUGGUGGCCUGGAGCCGACGGUGCGUUCUACACCGCGGAGUGCCUUUUCGCAGGGGUCUUCACUCUGGAGCUGGUCAUUACGUUCGGAUAUGACCUCACCUGCGCGUAUGCCGCCUGGCCUACCCACCGGACGCCCUUUUGGAAGGACCCGCUGGACCUCUUGGACCUGGCUGUCGUUAUGUGCUCCGACGUCUCGCUGGCCCUUGGCAAGAUGGGCACGGGGGUCAACAUGCAGGUGUUCCGCAUCCUGCGCCUGGCCCGGCUCCUGCGGCUGGUGCGGCUGAUGAGGAAGAUCUACCAGUUCGACGCCCUGCACCUCAUGACGACGGCCAUCAAGGGGAGCCUGGGCGCUCUGAUGUUCUCUAGCAUGCUCCUGAUCACGAUCCUGACCUUGUUCGCAAUGGUGCUCACGAACGUUCUGCGGGCCGCGUACCUGGGGGAGAACUCCCCCCUGGAGCCCGAGAAGCAGCAGGAGCUCUUCCGGUACUUUGGGACUUACUCCAGGUCGAUGCUCUCGAUGUUCGAGCUCGCCUUGGCGAAUUGGCCCACGGUCACGCGAUUCAUGGUCGAGGAGCUCCACGAGUGCUUCGGUCCCAUCUGCGUCGUGUGGAAGUUGUCGAUCGGCUUUGCCGUGGUCGGCGUGAUUAACGGCGUGUUCAUCAGGGAGACCUUCUCGGUGGCGGAGAGCGACGAGUUCAUCAUGAUAAGGAGCAGGAUGCGGCAGGUUCUCCAGCACAAGGACCGCAUGAGACGCCUGUUCCAGCUCGCGGACAGGGACAAGGACGGGGUGCUUGGCCACGAGGAGUUCCGCCGCGUCUUCGAGAAGCCCGCGAUCAAGGCCUGGCUGGAGGCCAUGGACCUGCGCUGCGACGACGCGGACACGCUGUUCGCACUCAUCGCGGGCUCGAUGGACGGCGUGAUCAGCGAGGAGGAGCUGAUCAGGGGCAUCGCCCAGCUCAAGGGACCGGCCAGGAACGUCGACCUGCUGACCCUCGUGCGUGGCCUCGAGGCCAAGAAGACUCCCAGCUGA